AUGGAAAACUGUGAAGAAGUUUACAAGGAAAACUGUGAAGAAGUUUACAAUGAAAACUGUGAAGAAGUUUACAUGGAAAACUGUGAAGGGGUUUACAAGGAAAACUGUGAAGAAGUUUACAUGGAAAACUGUGAAGAAGUUUACAAGGAAAACUGUGAAGAAGUUUACAAGGAAAACUGUGAAGAAGUUUACAAGGGAAACUGUGAAGGGGUUUACAAGGAAACUUGUGAAGGGUUUACAAGGAAAACUGUGAAGAAGUUUACAAGAGAAUGUGUGAAGGGGUUUGGUAAAUAUAUCUGUCCUAAGAUAGUACAGGACACUCUAGAGGUGGAUACCUUGGAUAACAAGAUGAAUACCACUAAAGAGGACAUCACGGAGAACAAGAUGGAUACCCCUAGUGAGGACACCACGGAGAACAAGGAGGACAAUAAUACCGUUCUCCAGUACGACGAUGAUGAGCCAAGAAUUUGCAAAAGUAUUUUACCUAAGUGUUUUCAGCUUGGAUAUAG